GCGUUAGUUCACCAGAUGGGACCAACUCCAAAAAUUCAUUUCUAAUAUCUUCUUGGCUUUAUUGAAUUUUCACAGUCCAGUAAAUAACAUCCCUCACAGCAAAAAUAGUUAAUAAAACCACAUUCAUUCUCUUUUUCCAUACUAAUUUUGGGAAUAUGUUGAAACUUCCAAUUUUUCAGAGAAGAGUGCUGGGGCCCACAACUCCUAGCUACUUGCUCAAGGUCACACAGUUUGUGAGUGGGAGGGCCAGAACACAAAUCAGGCCUUACGAUUCCAGGACCAGAGCAGUUUCCACUUUCCAGUGUCACUUUCCCUUGUUAGGUAACCCUGAGGGCUAACAAGGAGGUACUGACCAGCCCACAGGAGAAGAGUCUGUAAUUGAGUAGCUGUUUUAACUGAAAGGACUGGUGAAGAGUCCGGCUUAUGUCUGAGAAGGUGACACAUGCUUGCCUGCACUAGGGUUUAGGGGCAGAGAGGUAGAGGGGGAGUGCCUGUAAACAGAGAAUCAGUCGAGUGAGUGUGUACUUAUUUUCCUUUGUUUAGGAGUCUUAUCGCAGCCCUUUGGUAUAAUAAUAUCAGAAUUUGAUGAUUUUUCCAACAAAGUCAAUUUUACACAAUUGUAAAUGGACUGAAUGUACUGAAUAUGCCACAAGAUACCAUGGCAUUUUUAAAACAAACAUGAUGUGUGGUAAAUAAGCUGGUAUUUACAUAUGGGCACCAUAUUAGCUAUUUCUGCCCUUUGCCCCUCCAUUAAGUUAACUGCCAAGCCUGGGCCAUUAAAAUCCAGGCUUCUUCCCUCAAUUACAGCCACAACAUUAACUCUGGACAUGCUGAAACUUUUUUAAUAGAGCCAUCUUCAGGAAAGAUUAUGAGCUUUCCUAUGAGUGUAUCCCUUCCUUUCUGUUCCCAUCCUAACCCCCCCCCCCCCCCCCAGCUACUUGCAGCUUUAAGUUCUGAACAUGCUUAUCUUGGAGCUAGUUGUGGUCUCUAUAGUGUACCCUAAAUCCAGGCAUCCAUUUAAAUGAGAGCCCUAGAUAUGGACUCACUGCACUCCUUUGCUUUCAGAGAGGAGCAUUUGCUGCUUGCCGAGGGCUUUCUGCCUAACGCAGAGAAGGGCGAAGUGUUGGCUGGUGUUUGGGAGCCCACUGAAAGUCGCUUGUGGCUGGAGGGGCUCGCUUUUUCUGGAGCUGCCAGACACUGCAGGCUCAACUGAGGCGCGGAGGUGCAAUUCAUACUGGUGUGGAACAGCCGGAGAAGGCAGGGACAGGCGGGGCUAGCGCAGCUCUGCAGCUGAUCACACGCACCAGCACAAACACCGCUCUCCAGUCGCUCCCACGGCCGCCUGGCAUCUUCUACCUGGGCCACCGAAAAGGAGUAGAAAAACCGAGGAAGGGAGAAGCAAGGGCAAGCACAGUGAAGCAGAGCACAAGCUGGAGUGGCACUACUAUUUAACCUGAAAGUGACCAGGAGCUGAGACUCGAACCCCUUACUUACAGCAGUGCCACUGUCGCCUGCUAGGAAAGCACGGCACCAAGGAACCCCCAAGUCCCGCGCCCAAAUCAGUUUGUGCCCGGGGUUCCAGGAUCCUUCUGGUGGGGGCAGCUUCGUACCCUCUGGAAAUUUCGGACCUCAAGGGAUCUGCAUUGGCACCCCCAUCGUGGUAAAGCCGGAAAAGUGGGGGCGAGGAAAACAGCCCUGAGAAUUGGGUGCGAGGCCAAGCUGCCGCUGCAGCCCGCUGCGCCGACUCCAGCGGGCGCUCGGCUCCUGCGCCUUCACUUCGCGUUUGAAUCUGGCUCGCCCCUCCGUAUUAUGUCUGCACUCCGAAGGAAAUUUGGGGACGAUUACCAGGUAGUAACCACCUCGUCCAGCGGCUCGGGCUUGCAGCCCCAGGGGCCGGGCCAGGGCCCGCAGCAGCUUGUGCCCAAGAAGAAGCGGCAGCGGUUCGUGGACAAGAACGGCCGGUGCAAUGUACAGCACGGCAACCUGGGCAGCGAGACGAGUCGCUACCUCUCGGACCUCUUCACCACCCUGGUGGACCUCAAGUGGCGCUGGAACCUUUUCAUCUUCAUCCUCACCUACACCGUGGCCUGGCUCUUCAUGGCGUCCAUGUGGUGGGUGAUCGCCUACACUCGGGGUGACCUAAACAAAGCCCAUGUCGGCAACUACACACCCUGCGUGGCCAAUGUCUACAACUUCCCCUCUGCCUUCCUCUUCUUCAUCGAGACCGAGGCCACCAUCGGCUAUGGCUACCGCUACAUCACCGACAAGUGCCCCGAGGGCAUUAUCCUCUUCCUCUUCCAGUCCAUCCUCGGCUCCAUCGUGGACGCCUUCCUCAUUGGCUGCAUGUUCAUCAAGAUGUCCCAGCCCAAGAAGCGUGCGGAGACCCUUAUGUUUAGUGAGCACGCGGUGAUUUCCAUGAGGGACGGAAAACUCACGCUUAUGUUCCGGGUGGGUAACCUGCGCAACAGCCACAUGGUCUCCGCGCAGAUCCGCUGCAAGCUACUCAAAUCUCGGCAGACACCUGAGGGUGAGUUCCUUCCCCUUGAUCAACUUGAACUGGAUGUAGGUUUUAGUACAGGGGCAGAUCAACUUUUUCUUGUUUCCCCCCUCACGAUUUGCCACGUGAUCGAUGCCAAAAGCCCCUUUUACGACCUAUCCCAGCGAAGCAUGCAAACUGAACAGUUCGAGAUUGUCGUCAUCCUAGAAGGCAUUGUGGAAACAACUGGGAUGACUUGUCAAGCUCGAACGUCAUACACUGAAGAUGAAGUUCUUUGGGGUCAUCGUUUUUUCCCUGUAAUUUCCUUAGAAGAAGGAUUCUUUAAAGUUGAUUACUCUCAGUUUCAUGCAACAUUUGAAGUCCCCACCCCACCUUACAGUGUGAAAGAACAGGAGGAAAUGCUUCUCAUGUCGUCCCCUUUAAUAGCACCUGCCAUAACUAACAGCAAAGAAAGACAUAAUUCUGUGGAUUGCUUAGAUGGACUAGAAGACAUUAGCACAAAACUUCCAUCUAAGCUGCAGAAAAUUACUGGAAGAGAAGACUUUCCCAAAAAACUCUUGAGGAUGAGUUCUACAACUUCAGAAAAAGCCUACAGCUUGGGAGAUUUGCCCAUGAAACUUCAGCGAAUAAGUUCAGUUCCGGGUAACUCAGAAGAAAAACUGGUAUCUAAAACCACCAAGAUGUUGUCUGAUCCCAUGAGCCAGUCAGUGGCUGAUUUGCCACCAAAGCUUCAAAAGAUGGCUGGGGGAGCCUCCAGGAUGGAAGGGAAUCUUCCAGCCAAAUUAAGAAAAAUGAACUCCGAUCGAUUCACAUAACAAACACCACCGUAGGCAUUAUUUACUGUUUGAUUUAGUAAUAAUCUAAUAUUUGGCUGAUGAGGUAAUCCUCUCUAAGGAAUCUGAAAAUUAAAUUCCACCCCCCCGAAGUCAUAUAUGCUUACUUGAGAACCUUUUCUUCCCAAGUCUUGCUACUGUGCAGAAAGCAAAAGUUGUGAAGGGAGAACAUCAUAAGGAAAUUCUUAUUAAUGGGCAUGUAUUAUCACAUCAUGCAUGCAAUAAUGUGCAAAUUUUGCAUUUAGUUUUAUGGCAUGAUUUAUAUAUGGUAUAUUUAUAUUGUAUAUUCUGGAAAAUAUAUAUAUAUAUAUAUUUAAAGGAGUGGUACUCUCCAUGACAUUUCUAACAUACAUAUGUAUUAAGCCAAACAUGAGUGGAUAUUUUUCAGGGCGAUAAAACUGUAUAUAUGUGUGUAUAAGUAUAUACAUAUAUAUUUAUACACACACAUAUGAACAUACACACAUGCAUACAUACAUAUAUAUCUGAUAAAAUUGUGAUGUUUUGUUCAAAGUUGUAGUUCUUGUGCAUGUUUAUUUAUUAUGCUAGGAAGGCUACUGGCAUUAAUUAUUAAUACCAAAUAUUUUAGCCUUAAAUUAUUUGUCAUUUUAAAAUCUGAUUUAAUGUUUUCUGCUGUUUAAGGUUGUGGAAAGUUUUCAAUUGUAUUUUAUAAAAGGGAGUUCCACAAGUCUGUGCUAUUUAUGACCCUGCAAAAAUGUAUUUAACUCAUAAAUUUUAGAGCAUAUCAAUAUGCUGAAAACUUUUAUAAUUUUUGAAACUUGCUAGUACUGGGGGGAAAUAAACAUAGAUUAAUUUGGGAAUUGGUCCUCUCCUGGACUAAUUAAAUUCUGGAUAUCUGUUUUGUAUAUGAUCUAACACAAAUACGAGCUCUGAACAAAUGCUGAGUCAUUGUGAUAGUCAGUAGCCAAGUUAUGUUGAAUAUACAAGAGCCUGUGUGAAAUUACACAAUUAACGGUCCCUGUUUCAAAAUCAUUCAGUUUUUAUUUUGCUCUAAAACUUCUGUCAUUCUAAAAACCAAUCACUUAUCUUGAGGAGAUAUAACAGUACAAUGAAACAAAUGGUAAAUAGUUAUGCUUUAAAUAUGUAUGUCUAAUCAAGUCUCUUUUUUUCAGAGCUUUUUAAAAAAUUUUAUUUUUCAUCCACAAUUUUCACUCAACACUUUUUUUGUAUUAGUUUCGGGUGUGCAGGACAGCAGAUGGACAAUUCAUACAUGUUACAAAGUGUUCCCUCCAAGUUUCUUAUGACUUUUAUUUGUUGUAAUAGGACAGCCUUUAUUUUCUCCCCUGCAGAACCUAUCCCACCCCUCACCUGUCACUUGGUUCAGGAGGAAUAUUUGGCACAUACUGGAGAGAAUUUCAAAGUAGAUGAAUUGAAGAUAGUUUACUCAUCCAUGGGUUUUUUGGCUCUGGGUUUUUUUUUUUACUGUUAUUAUUUGGUUGGUUAAGCACUGAUUUUAUUAGUGUGUUGGAUCCCUGGCCUACCAAAAUAAUUUUAGCAGUACUAUUUUUUUAACACUAAGGUUUUAUAUUUAUGAUUAGUUAGGAUAUCAAAACUACUGCUCGGUAGAACACCUACAAAAUAAAUAUUUGGAAUGCAGAGAUUUUUAUGAAAAUUUACAAGUGCUUCUUAUCAGAAUAUCAUGGAUUUUCAUAUAAAACUAUUGGGAUCAUUGCAAUCCAAGUCUACCCAUAAUGAAUCUAGCUAUCCGCAGUAAUGUGUAAAUCCUUGAUGGUUGGUUUGGGCACUCAUCAUUUCCCAUUCUUAGCAAUCUCGUGAUAAUUUCCUUAUUGGAAAAUUAUUACAUCCACAAUUCUCGUAUUGACUACAAUAAUACCUUCUGGCUACCUCUGUAUCAACCAAAUUCUGUAGGUGCAAACAUAUACCAGGGAAUUGUUACUGGCAAAAUGAGCAUCCAUCCACUGUGAACAGAGCUGGUUGCCAUGACCCUUAAUCUCCAAACUUUCCUUUUUGCUAGAUAAUAAAAAAUGAAAUAGUAGCAGAAAGAGAAGGGAGUCCAGGGGUCAUAUUAUAUUUAUUACCAGUGGAAGAAAUUGCAUAGAAUAUUUAGUCCAAACACUUAAAACUAAAUACAGCCAUACUUUAAUUUGGAGAGUUAUUUUGUCUUUGGUACCAACGAGGAUAUGGGCCCAAAAGUAAACUCUCCAAAUGUAUUCAUUAAUUCAUUUAACAAUUUUUUGCAUGUCUUUUAUGGCCCAGGCAUUUCUAGCUCCUGGGGGAUUUGGGUAUGACUAAGUCAAAGGAGGUCACUGCCUAUUUGAACAAUGCAUAUCAGUAGGAGAAUGGGAGGGGACACUAUGAGAUAGACAAAAUUACCAAUGAGAUGAUUUCAGACAGUCAAGUUAGAAGCUAAAGGAAGGAAAACAGGGUAACAUGAAAAAAUGACUGGGUGAUAUAAAAACAUUAUUUUAGAACAGGUGACUGGUUUAAGGAGGGGGUGAUACUUAAAGACCUGGACGAUGAGAAACACCGUUGUCAAAAUUAACAUUUCUCAGUGAAUGCUAUUCCUUUAUUUUUAGCACAUGUGUAUCAGAAAGGUAUGAUUUCUGCAUGUAAUUGCAGUGUAACCCCUAUUGCAAAGUUGAUCAUAGGUCCCAGUUUACCCAGGAGAGUUCCGGUUUUCCCUGUUGUGCCUGUGUAAUUAUUACAGCACUCCCUUUCACUCUUAGAGCGUCUUGGUUUGUAUAUUUUAUGGUGACUCUAUGUUUUUGUUGAAACUAACUAAAUUAUAAAGUCUAAUAUAUUUGGAUAAAAAUAAAGAAUUGCUUUUCUUCUCCUUUUGCUGAUUCUUUUUGACACUGAUCAUUCCAAACAAAAUCAUCUCAGAUUCAUAUAUUUCAGCCUGGAAGACUUCUUAUCAAAGUGGUUUUGUGUAACACUUGUUCAAUCUGCACAUGACAUGGUUUCAGUGAAUAGUUAUGCUUUUUAUUGACUGAAUAAAUAAUGAACCUCUGGUUUUCCCAAUUCAGGAAGUUAUAAGAGCUCAAAUCAAAGACAGUAAAAGUCAACUUGACCCAAGAAAAAUUACAGCCCACUGUUACGGUGACUGUUGGAAAGCAAACGUAAUGAGUUCAUUGAAC